AACUAUACAAAAAAGUCCCAUAGACAGAGGACCCUACUGGGCUACAAUCCAUGGGGUCAUAAAGAGUUGGACAUGACUGAAGCGACUUAGCACACAUACUCACAUGGCUCAAUUUAGAAUGCUAGAAAUACUGUCCUAGUUUUAUAUCUGUGGAAGAUAAGCUCUGUUAUCAUUCAUAAUGAAAGGUGAGUGGAAUCAAGUCUUUAUCAGCAUGAAGUCUUUUAGCACAACUGUACCCACACUAAUGAUUUGUUCCAAGUGAAAUCCAGGAAAUCCAAUCAAACUCAGAGAAUGAUGAGAAUAUUUGUAGUAUUUGUAUUGAACUAUUUGCCAGGCACUACCCUGGAUAAUUUAUGUAAAUUAAUCAUGCAAAUCCUUACUGCAAUCUUCUGAUGUAAGUACUAUUACAAUAUCACCCUCAUCCCAGGAUUACAGGCAGAGAAACUAAAGCUCAUAGUAGUUACAAAACACAUCCAAAGUUACUUAAUUAAAAUAUGUCAGAGUACCUAAGUGAUAUAACUUUUGGAAUAGUGCUCCUAACCAUUGUACAUUCCUGCUUCUGUGAAAUCUCUAGCCCUCCUUUUUCCCAAGCAAACACAGACAACUGGGAGUUGAGUGAAGGGGCAGUGGAAGGAUAUAUUAAUAUGUUUGUGGAAGUCCAUGUAUUUGGCACAUUCUUCACAUUUAGAGCUCUUUCUUUCCACUACCUAGUGCAGUACUUUAGAUAGCAGGUCACCAGUAAUUUUGUUUUGUUGGAUGAAUGAUGAGUGAAUAAAUUGCUACAUGAUAUUCAGUUCCUGAUAACCAGUGAAAUAACCAAAUUAAAGUUUCUCAAACUCUGGCACACCAAGGAGGACUGCAAUGGCAAUAUUUUAGGACAAGAAAGCAUUCUCUGCAUUUCACAAUACACAGGUGAUUGCAACAGUUCCCGGGAGCUCCACUCACAGAGCCCUCCUGUCAGCUUGGGCUGAGCUGGACCUCCGUCACAUGUAUAUAACAGUGCAAUGAACCUUCCUCUCCUGAGCUUUUAGAUCUCCAGUGAUGAGAGGCUGUUGGGUCAUGGGAUGCUGUGGACGCUCCUAUCAUUGCUUCUUAGGCCUGAUUUAAAUUCUUCUGCUACAUUUCCUGCUCAACUCUUACCUUCCCUUUUUGUCCAAGAGAAACCUGAAGCCUGGGGAAAAAAAAAAAAAGACAAAAGAAAAUCUUCAUUUUCCCUGAAGAGUGAAUAUCUCUGGUUGGCAUAUGAAGUAUUUGAGAGUUGAACUCAUAGAAGAAUGUCUUCAUCUUGAGCAGAAGAUAAACACAGAGACUAUUAAGGAACCUCUUUCUGAAGCUAUAGAAGACAAAGGGAAGAAUCAUGUCCAUGAUUGCAGCUUUCUAUGGUGGCAAGUCCAUUCUCAUUACUGGGGCCACAGGCUUUAUGGGCAAAGUGUUGAUGGAGAAGCUAUUUCGCACCAGCCCAGACCUGAAAGUCGUUUACAUCCUGGUGAGGCCCAAGCAGGGCCAGACCCUGCAGCAGAGGGUUUUCCAGAUCCUAGACAGUAAGCUGUUUGAAAAAGUCAAAGAAGUUUGUCCAAAUGUGCAUGAGAAGAUCCGAGCUAUUUCUGCAGACCUCAAUCAGAAUGACUUUGCCAUCAGCAAGGAGGACAUGCAGGAGCUUCUUUCCCACACAAACAUCGUCUUCCACUGUGCCGCUACCGUGCGCUUUGAUGACCACCUCAGACAUGCUGUGCAGCUUAACGUCACUGCCACCCAGCAGCUUUUGCUCAUGGCCAGUCAGAUGCCGAAGCUGGAAGCCUUCAUACACAUUUCUACUGCCUUUUCAAAUUGUAACCUGAAGCACAUUGAUGAAGUCGUCUAUCCAUGUCCUGUGGAGCCAAAAAAAAUCAUUGACUCCAUGGAGUGGUUAGACGACGCUAUUAUUGACGAGAUCACACCCAAACUGAUCGGAGAUCGGCCUAACACAUACACCUAUACCAAGGCCUUGGGAGAGGUGGUGGUGCAGCAGGAAGGUGGCAACCUCAACAUUGCCAUCAUACGGCCCUCCAUCAUGGGAGCAACCUGGCAGGAGCCCUUCCCAGGUUGGGUUGAUAACUUAAAUGGACCUAGUGGGCUCAUUAUUGCGGCUGGGAAAGGGUUUCUUCGGUCCAUAAGAGCUACUCCGAUGGCUGUGGCAGAUUUGAUUCCAGCAGACACAGUGGUCAAUCUCACUUUGGCUGUAGGAUGGUACACGGCAGUUCACAGACCUAAGUCGACAUUGGUCUACCACUGUACAUCUGGCAACCUCAAUCCCUGUAAUUGGGGCAAAAUGGGACUCCAAGUCUUGGCAACCUUUGAAAAAAUCCCAUUUGAGAGAGCUUUCAGGAGGCCAAACGCUGACUUCACAACCAACAACAUCACAACCCAUUACUGGAAUGCUGUCAGUCACCGGGCCCCUGCCAUCAUCUAUGACUUCUAUCUUCGUCUCACAGGAAGGAAGCCCAGGAUGACAAAGCUCAUGAAUCGGCUGUUAAGAACCCUUUCUAUGCUGGAGUAUUUCAUCAACCGGAGCUGGGAAUGGAGCACGUACAACACUGAAAUGCUGAUGUCCGAGCUGAGUCCCGAAGACCAGAGAGUAUUCAACUUUGAUGUACGUCAGUUGAACUGGUUAGAAUACAUUGAAAAUUAUGUUUUAGGAGUUAAGAAGUACUUAUUGAAAGAGGAUAUGGCUGGGAUCCCAGAAGCAAAGCAACACUUAAAAAGGCUCCGAAAUAUUCACUACCUCUUUAAUACUGCUCUCUUCCUCAUCGCCUGGCGUCUUCUCAUUGCAAGAUCUCAGGUGGCUCGGAAUGUGUGGUUCUUCAUCGUGAGCUUCUGUUACAAAUUCCUCUCCUACUUUAGGGCAUCUAGCACACUUAAUGUCUAAGAACAUUUGGCAAUCCCCCUUUGUCUGGAACCUCUCAGAUACCUCUAAAACAGCAACUGUGGUUCUCAAGAUUAGGUAACAAAUAUGCCCAUCAUUACCUGUCAGAUGUGCUGUCAUGUAUUCAUCCUUAUUUCUAAACUAUAAAUUUUCAUUUCAGUGAGAGAACAGAAGUCAUAUCCUAGCCAAUUAUCAUACAAAUUUCAGGAAAAAAAUUGUUUCCAGAUUGUUUAACACUAUUCUGUGCUCUUGAAUAUAAAACACCAAAGGACACCCAUCUUCCCUUAUUUAGCUUUGUUCUCCUUGAGAGGACUAAUGUCAGCUCAAUAAACAUGGAAGGACACAUGACAGAAGUUGAGACAUGCUCAAGAAAGGCAGUUGUCACUGGAACCAUUUAGUCUAGUGUACUUAUUGUACUUAGUGUACUUAGUAUAAAGGCUGAAAAUCAAGAUAAGCAAAGGUCUCAACAUCAUCAUAAAUGCUGUAAGAGAAACAGUUCUCCAUGGAGGUUUCUGCUUUCUUUUUGUGCUAUACUAUGGAGUCCUGGUUAAGGGCUGGGAAAUUAGAAAAGUGGGUUCGCAUCUAACAUUUUCCUUCACUAUACCCACAUCUGAAACCUGAAGAGAACCAAGAGGUGUAAAUAAUGUAUAUAGAGUGAGGGCUCAAGCAUAUUUUCAUUAUGGGUGAUUAUUAUGCUUUUAAGUAAAAAUUGGUUCUUGUAAUUUGAAUUUGACAACUAUUAUUCUAAAUCUUUUGAAUCAUAAAUUUUCCUGAUUACCUCCUCUUAGGAGUUUUCCUCUUGUUCAUUAAAGUGGCCAAAUCCCUUAUAUUUAAGCUUCUAUUGCCCAGGCCUUUGAUUAGCGUGACUAAUGUUAGAGGAAGGCCCUAGGCUAAAAUCACGUAAAAACCCAUUUUCCUGAUAUUUACCACUGAGAAAAGCAAAAUUGCAAAUAAAAAUGUAAAUGCUAGUCAUAUUUUCUGUGGGGAAGUUCACUCUUUCACCAGGACUUGCUAGUAUCUUGAUCACUCCAGUUGCAGAAUGUUACCUGUACAAUGUGCAGCCGAAAAGGACAGAUUUCAUUAGUGACUGGAAGUUCAGAGAACAGGUGUUGUUUUAAACAUAUUUUAUGUAUAAUGCAAAUGAAUUAGUAAAAAUCUGUUCUCAGAUUCCCAUAUUAAUAAUAUAACUGUUAUCCCAAUUUUCCUCAUAUUUGAGAGAUGAGUGCAUUUUAGAUUGCAGCACUUCAUGUUAAAAACAUGGGAUAUGAUUCAAAUAACAGCACCUGGGGCCUAAGUAACUAAAAAUAAUCAUAACUACUAGAAAAUUAUAUGAGCAUAAAACAUUCAAUGUUAGUUAUACAUAUGGCUCACUUCCUGGGAUAAUUGGUUAAUACUCAGAAAGGCACAUUCAUGUGAUAGAAAUGUACUAGAGCUGUGAGGGCAACUUCUAGCCCAGUAUUAUUUGAAAUUUUUCUGAACCCCAUAAAGCACAUUUGGGGUUGGGGCAGGGAGACUCUUCUGGGCAAUGUCUUUCUCAAUCUCAUCUAAGUUAUGUGAACUACUUUCCAGGGCAGAAAACCCAGCUCUGAAAGAAAGCACCUGGUUAUCUUCAGUUUGAGAUUUCUGUGUGAUAUGUUUGAGUUGAUUAAGAUAAAAACUAUAGAUGAUAAAAAGGAAAUCAAGAUAUAAUUCAAUGAAAUUGGACAACACAUAAUAGUUCUAAGAAUUUACUAUCUUUUGGUUAUGUUUCACCAAUUCAAUAAAUUCCACUGAUCAUUCAGUUUUGACUUGAUUAAAUGAAAAUUUGAAUUAAAGACUGA